CGUCAUACCAUUUUUUUAUCGACGAAGGCCAGUCUUGCAUAGUUUGUUGUUUGCUAUAUAAAAGGCACUCUGACCUUCAACGUAUUCUAUCUGCUAAACGUUUUUCAGACAUCGUUGCCCUGCAUUAUCUCCGCCCGACUGCACAUAGCUUCGCUACCAAUUGCUGCUCCUGACCCUGCAUACCGUGUUGCAAAUCCUAGUAUCUAUUUUAUUAUUCCAAAGACUACAGUUCUAUAUUAUUAUUCUCAAGCAAUAUUCUCACCAUGGCUGCUAUUAUAUCUAACAAUACUCAAGGCAAGCCAGCGUGGGGCGGCUGGAAGCCUGUAACUACUCCAGCCCCGGCAUCUCUAGCUGUGCUAAUGGACGAGGAAGUAGCAAAGGAGCUCCAUCGCGAGGAGACCUUCCUCGUAGCUGGUCCAGAACCGUCAGUACAAUCGGAGCCUAUUCCAGUAGCCGUGGCGGUGGCUGCACCAGUUGAGACAAACAGCGAUGAACAGAUCGCCGCUCAGCUGCAGGAGCAGUUUGACCGCGAGCACGAUGAAGAGCUUCGCAAGCUCGAAAAGCACAUGAACGGCAAGAGCAGUGUCACAAUCUCCUUGAGCAAUUUCAACCGCUCUCAUUAUUCGCAAUCAAGCGGCAGUGCUGAGGACGAUGAUGAGGAUGACGAGGAGGAUAUGCCCAUGCCAGUACAAGCCCGUACGUCCCCCAAUAGCGGAGGAGGAGGCGGUGGCGGGGGUCCCGGUCGUCGUCGGAGACCCCAUGGCGGUGCGUCCGUCCCAACAAAACACGACCCGGUUAUCUCCGGACGACGAAAUGCCCGAGCAGCCGAAGAACGGCUUCCUCCCAGUAUGGCUGUCGGCACACUGGUUGCCAGCGACGGAACGUCCAUGAAGAUCGAUAACCGUACCUAUAACGGCCUCGUCAAGUUCUCGCAGCAGGGCGGUCGCAAGUCGGCACGCGUACGCGAAACACGCGACCACUCCACAAUGAGUCAUAACCUGGAUGCUAAAACUGUUGGCCUUAUCAAGAAAAUGGUGAACAAUGGUCGUAUCUCAGAGAUGGGAGGUCUCAUCAGCCAGGGCAAAGAGGCGACGGUUUACCAUGCCUUUGGGCCAAAUGAGGAGGACGAGGAGUUUGACGACAUGCUCAGUGACGGAGAGUCGCUUCCAGAGCGGCCGAAGAACAGCGCACAGCCCUCGCUGCCCGAGUAUGCGGUAAAAGUCUUCAAGACCACCCUGGCUGAAUUCAAAACUCGCGGCAUCUACAUCCAAGAUGAUAUGCGCUUCAAGGACCGACUGAAGUCGCAGAACUCGCGCACCAUCAUGCACAUCUGGGCUGAGAAGGAAAUGCGCAAUUUGCAACGCCUGCAGAAGGCUGUUUUACCGUGCCCAGAGCCCAUCUUCCUGAAUAAUCACAUUCUGGUGAUGACGUUCAUUGGGCGUGAUGGUGUGCACGCUCCCCAGCUGCGUGACGCCCGGCUUACUGCUCAACAGAUGCAGCGUGCCUACGAACAGAGCCUGGUGCUUCUAACACGUAUGUACAAGGAGUGCAAGCUGGUGCAUGCCGACUUCUCACCGUUCAACCUACUGUGGCAUGAGCAGCGCCUGUUUGUAAUUGACGUAUCACAGUCGGUGGAGCCAUGGCAUCAGGACGCCAUGCGAUUCCUGUACCGCGACGUCGAGAACCUGCUGGAUUACUUCCGCAAGAUGGGCGUGCGCGGUGUGGCCACGAUACCCGAGGUCAUCCAGCACGUCACUGGCUUCCAUAUUAGCUCCUCGCUCAGCGAGAAGCAGUAUAUCGAAGAGUUAUGCCGCAGGGCCGACCAGACCAACCGUGGCAAGCGCGGCGGGGCUCAGCAUGGCUCGUCGCCACCGGAGGAGUCCUUCACUGACAUGUACGAGCGUGCCGUCAUUGAGAACGCACGCACACGCGCCGAGAAGGAAGCACGUGCUGCGCUGGAGUGCGACGACGGCGAAGAUGACGAUACCGAGGAGUCAUCCUCCACUUCAGCUCAGCACGAUGAGUAAUCUACUAGUGUGAUGACGGUGAAGAUGAUGACGAUGCUGAGGACUCGUGCCGCUCCCCACGAUGUGUAAUCUACUCGAGUGUGAUGUCAUCUGCUGCUAUAAUCUACUAGAGUGUGAUGUCAUCUGCUGCUGUUCACCACGAUGUGUAAUCUACUAGAGUGUGAUGGCGGUGAAGAUGAUCCCGCUGCAGCUCGGCACGAUGGGUAAUCUAUUACAAGCAUGUGGUGACGAUACUAAGAAGUCAUCCGCUGCGGCUCAGCAUGAUUUGUAAUCUUGUAAUGCUGUUUUCCUGUUUUUUUCCAAAUCAAUGUCAACGACCCGAACCUACCAGUCAGCAGCGCACUGUGUCUCCAAUACUACUUAGCUAGUGUUCUAGUGUAGUGAGCAUGUCUUGUCUGUUCCUUACUCGCCCACACUCCUGUAGGAACUACAGUAUGCAUUUUUUGCUAACAUACCAUACCCUCAGUCUUUUCAUGAACAUCAUAUAAAUAGGCUGUGUUUUAUCCCGUCCUGUUGAUAUGGGCUGUGUUUUCGUCAUACACCGUCACAGGGCAGUGUGAAUUGAACUAAACUUUGACGUUUGUUUUGCAA